AUUAUAACCUUAUUUUAUUUAUUUAAAAUCUUCGAUAAAUAAAAUAAAAGCAUCAAUAGUCUAAACAAAAAUCUAUGAUUUGUUUAAGUAUUCUGUUAUUCAUUAUUCGUCUUUAUUUAUUUCUCUUUCUAGGUCGAAUCUUCAAUACUUUGAAAUAAUAUGUUUGAUUAGAGAAAAUUUUCUUGUUUCAUCAUGUUUUUAAUAAAACCAACAAAAUCUCAUAUACACCAUCUGGAUAUCAAAAGAAUGUGUCUUCAAUAUCUUAUCUAAUCAAAUUUUAGAUCAUUUUCCGAUCGAUUAUCGACAUUGAUAUUUUCGAGAAUCUCUUAAAAAAGACCUGAAGAAAUCAAUUUUUUAUUUUUUAACAAAAUCAAAAACUCUCGAAUUGAAUCAAAAUGAAAUUGUUAGUUAAAGAGUAACUCAAUUACUCGAACGAUUUUACGAUUAUAAUAAAGGACGUGUAGUACGUAAUUUGUUUCUCUGUUUUCAUCAUAGUAACUCACAAUAUGAAAAUUGAAAUUAAGAUACAUUCGUAUUGUUUUUAAACUAAAUAGAUCAAAUUCAAUACUAUCUUUAAUAGUUUUUUUAUGAGCUUUAUUCUUAAAAGAAAAAGAUUUAUCGUAUAUUCACAUAGGGUUUCACAGAAUACUACACCCUGUGUAUAAGUAUAUGACUAAAUCAUUCUUUUCCUUAGAUCAGAAGAUACAUGAGUUAUUAUAUAUAUACAUGCUUUUGAAUAUUAAUAUUUUAAUAGUUAGUUGAUGAUCAUAAUUACGAGCACAAAUUGGUCUUAUUAAUCAAGAACCAGCUCUUAUGAUGGGUCUUACUAUUGUCGAAAAUAUAUCAUAUGGUUGUUGAUCACAUACAUUUACUUAUGAAGAUAUCAUUAAUGCAGCUAGGCGAACUCAUUGUCAUAACUUUAUAGAAGCAUUACCACAGAUAUGUUUCACUCUUUUUAUAUACUCUAAUACAAUAAAAAGCUGCAAUUUUUAUUUAUAUGACAUGUUCAACUUUGAAAAGAGGCUGUUUUAUAUUAAAAAAAAAUGAUUCUUUUAUUAAAUUUUAGGGCUAUGAUACAGCUGCAGGAUUGCAUGGAACUUCAUUUUUAUCUGGAGGCCAAAAACAGCGUAUUGCUAUUGCACGAGCUCUUUUUCGUAAUCCAAAAAUUCUAUUACUUGAUGAAGCAACGAGUGCGUUGGAUGUACAUAAUGAAAAGCUUGUUGAAGAAUCGUUGAAUGCUGCACGGCAAGAUAAUCCAUCACGAACUGUUAUUAUUGUUGCACAUCGUCUUUCUGCUAUUCAAUCAUGUGAUCUUAUUUGUGUUCUUGGUCCUAAUGGACGAUUACUGGAAAGCGGUACACAUGCGGAAUUAAUGGCACAUGGCACUGCUUAUCGUAGAUUUGUACUGGAUCAUAUGUGA